AUGGUGAUGACUUCCAGAUUUCAGCACACAAUGAUUCUUCACAUUAUACUUUUCCUACAGAUAGUUCACUUGGUCAAAGGCCAGUUUAAAAUUAUACCUCCUAACAACCCUGUGCUUGGAAUCGUCGGAAAAGGAGUCACCCUGCCUUGCCAGCUGGAAGCUAAGACAAUCUCUGAAAGACUUUCUGUUCAGUGGAUAUUUUCUGGAAAAACUGCAAAUAUUGAUGUGACUACCUAUGAUGGAAAAAACACAUUAAAUCCAGUAAGGGAAGAAAAGACAUACCAAGGCCGGACACAUUUCUUUCAGACUGAAAUUAAUAAGGGAAACUUAUCCCUUCACCUGAAAAAUGUCAUGAUCUCUGAUAAAGGGAAAUACAUUUGCAGUGUCUCUUUGGAGAACUGGUAUGAUGAAGUGAUAGUUGACCUGGAUGUGGCAGCUCAAGGUGAUGAGUCUGCAGUUGUCCUGGAUGGUCAUGUGGGUCAGGGCAUUGGCCUCAACUGCAAGUCACAGGGAUGGUUUCCACAGCCUGACGUAAUUUGGAUGGACAGCAAAGGACAGACACGGAAGGAGAAAGUCGUCACACAAAGCACGAAGACAUCUUUGGGCCUUUUUGAUGUUGCCAGUUCCAUGACCCUAGAACCAGGAUCUGACAUGGAAGUCUCCUGCAGAAUAAUCAAUGGCCUCCUCAACACAGCAUGUGAAUCUCGAGUCCUGAUUUCAGAUGUCUUCUUUCCAUACACUUCAGCUUGGAUGACUGCCUUCCUCGUAAUUUCCUGUUGCUCUGUGGCUGUUCUUGCUGCUGUAGGCUAUAAGCUGAAGAGUAAUGGUAUGCAUGUGAAUGCACAAAAUGCACUGAAGAUGAAAAACAAAAAGAAGGUGAGUAAUGAGGAACUAAAAUCUCAGAAGCAGCAGUUGCUCCAUAGGCAAGAGAAAACUGUGCUCACUCAACUGUUCAAUAGACAAGAAGCAGACUUGGACUUCUGGAAAGCUUGGGACAAGGCAGUUCCCAUUACUCUGAAUCCUGAAUGCCAACUCCUCCAGCUCCAAGUGCCAGGGGCUCCAGAUGUUGAGGACAAUGCAUGUGAACCUGCUGGCCUGAGCAGUCCCUCCACAGUCCCUGUCCUGGUGGCAAAGGAAGGGUUUUCAUCUGGGAAACACUACUGGGAAGUGGAGGUGGCCCAGCAGCAGGACUGGGUGCUGGGGGUCAUGAGGCAGAAAGGGAAACAAGAGGAGCAAGGGACCCUUGCUGGGGACGACUACUGGGCUCUGCUCAAAUCCCGGGGAGAGAUUUUCUCUAUCAAGGGAAACAGCAGGCUUGAGAAGAACAAUAUGAAUGACUCAGUGAUUGGUGUGCUUCUGGACUUGGAGGAAGCACAAAUCUACUUUUGUGGCACAGAGCAGAUGAGCACCAUGAUGAAAAUCCCUAUGAGCCUUGGAAAAGAAUCUGCAGAAGUGUUUUACCCUUUUCUAUCAAAAGGGGAAGGGAGAUUCAAGCCCCUGGACACUCAAAAGUUCAUGGGGCCAGGUGGAUUGCCCCACAGAGUGCUGAGGGAGUUGGCAGAUGUGGUUGCCAAGCCGCUCCCCAUCAUCCUUCGACAGUCCUGGCUAACCGGGUAUGUCCCGGUGGACUGGAGACUGGCAAAUGUGAUGCCCAUCUUCAAAAAGGGCCGGAAAAAUGAUCCUGGCCAGAUUAGAAUAAUACCUUCUUAUGAUCCUGUGGUUGGAGUCAUUGGAAAAGGAGUCAUCCUGCCCUGCCAGCUGGAAGCUAAGACAGUCACGAAGGGACUUCUUGUUCAGUGGAUAUUUACUGGAAAAUCCCCAAACAUAGAAGUGACUACCUAUGAUGGAAAAAAUCCACAAAAUCCAGUCAGGGAGGAUAAGGCAUACCUGGGCCGGACAAACAUCUUUCAGAGUGAAGUUAAUAAGGGAAACUUAUCCCUUCACCUGAAAAAUGUCAUGACCUCUGAUAAAGGGAAAUACAUUUGCAGUGUCUCUUUGGAGAACUGGUAUGAUGAAGUGAUGGUUGACCUGGAUGUGGCAGCUCAAGGUGAUGAGUCUGCAGUUGUCCUGGAUGGUCAUGUGGGUCAGGGCAUUGGCCUCAACUGCAAGUCACAGGGAUGGUUUCCACAGCCUGACGUAAUUUGGAUGGACAGCAAAGGACAGACACGGAAGGAGAAAGCCAUCACACAAAGCACAAAGACAUCUUUGGGUCUUUUUGAUGUUGUCAGUUCCAUGACCCUCGAACCAGGAUCUGACAUGGAAGUCUCCUGCAGAAUAAUCAAUGAUCUCCUCAACACAGCAUGUGAAUCUCGAGUCCUGAUUUCAGAUUUCUGGAAAGCUCAGGAGAAGGCAGUUCCCAUUUCUCUGUACCCUGAAUGCCGACUCCUCCAGCUCCAAGUGCCAGGGCCUCCAGAUGUUGAGGACAAUGCAUGUGAACCUGCUGGCCUAAGCAGUGCCUCCACAGUCCCUGUCCUGGUGGCAAAGGAUGGGUUUUCAGCUGGGAAACACUACUGGGAAGUUGAGGUGGGCCAGCAGCUGGACUGGGUGCUGGGGGUCAUGAGGCAGAAAGGGAAAGAAGAGGAGCAAGGGACCCUUGCUGGGGACGACUACUGGGCUCUGCACAGAUCUCGGGGAGAGAUUUUCUCUAUCAAGGGAAACAGCAGACUUGAGAAGAAGGAUAUGAAUUACUCAGUGAUUGGUGUGCUUCUGGACUUGGAGGAAGCACAAAUCUACUUUUAUGGAACAGAGCAGGGGAGCCAAAUGUUGAGAAUCCCUAUAAGCCUCAGAAAAGAAUCUGCAGAAGAGUUUUACCCUUUUCUAUCAAAAGGGGAAGGGAGAUUCAAGCCCGUUUGCCAUCAAAAUAUUCCUGUUCCAUUAAAGGAACCAUAA